AUGGAGGACAAGAUGCCGUGGAGUCACCCACGUGUCUCUCAGCACUGUCUGCAGUCAGUCAGAGUGAAAGAGAGGAGGUGUGAGGAAAUGCCUCGGUCAUUUUUGGUGAAGCAGGUCAAAUCUUAUGAUUGUUCAGCACCUGCUGUUCCUUUUUACCCUGACUUGCCUCAGCACUUUAAUGGAUCCUUCACGGUCACACCAUCUGUCAUCAAUUCCACAACCAGUUUGGAAGUCUCUCUGGGUGAAAAUGGCUACAUCAGGGAUUAUAUCAUUCCAUCAAGAUGCAAGAGAAAGACAGAGAAUGAAUCCAAGAGGAUGUUGUCGGUGACGGCCUUGGUUGGAAGUCGACGCAGUGAAGGAGAGGAGCUCUCUGAUCACGACAUGGAGUUCCCUGACAGCCCUGAGUCGACCAUGACAGAGAACAGUUUCUGUGGCAACAGGACAGGGGUUUCCUGUGAGGGCUACACUCUGGAAGCUCUCCUGGUCUUGGACGGGCGUUCCCAGGUGAGGCAGAAAAGAAAUUCAAACAAAAAGGGGAUCAAAGAGGUCAGCUCAGGAAGAGUCCGUACACGCCACGCCUGUAAAAAAUGUGGCAAGACCUACGCCACGUCGUCUAACCUCAGCCGGCACAACCAGACACACCGCAGCCCGGACAGCCAGCAGGCCCGCCAAUGCCCCACUUGCGGCAAAGUGUACGUCUCCAUGCCAGCGCUCGCCAUGCACCUCCUCACGCACAACCUGAAGCAUAAAUGCAAUGUUUGCCACAAGGCCUUCAGCAGACCCUGGCUUCUACAGGGACACUUGCGCUCUCACACAGGCGAAAAGCCAUUCGCUUGCGCCCACUGUGGCAAAGCCUUCGCCGACCGCUCUAACCUCCGCGCUCACAUGCAGACACAUUCUGCCAUUAAGCAGCACCGCUGUCAACGCUGCCACAAGAGUUUUGCCCUAAAGUCCUAUCUGAGCAAACACUAUGAGUCAGCCUGUUUAAGAGGCUCUGAGAAUGAGGAAGAGUCAGGGACUGACUGA